UCGCGUCGAGUUCCGCGAGUGAAUCACGGAGACCUUUCUCCCUCUCCCACCUUUUUCCAGCCGGCGCCUACGUCGCUCUGACCCUGCUGGGAUCCCCCCCUCCCUCCGUGGGGGUUCCCAGCUCCCAGCAGGAUGCGGGAACAACGGGAUCCCCCCACGUCCCCCCCGCGUGUCCCCCCCCGCCGCCGCCGCCGCCGCCGCAGCGAAUCACCGACCCCAGACCCCUCCAGGACCCAGAGGUGCAGAAACACGCCACGCAGAUCCUGCGGAAUAUGCUGCGGCAGGAGGAGGCGGAGCUGCAGCGCUUCCAGGAGCUGUACAGCCGGAACCCCGGAGCGGCCGUGGAGGAGCAGAUCGAGGGCGCGCGCCGCAGGGUCAGCCAGCUCCAGCUCAAAAUCCUCCAGGAGACCGGGAAUUCCCUGGAUUCCAGGCUGAGCAGCGACUCCAGCGUGGCCGGGUUCAGGUCGGUGGAAGGACGCCUCUCCCUGGACUCCCAGGAUGGGGACAGCGGCUUGGAAUCCGGGACAGAGCGAUUCCCCUCUGUGAGUGAGGUCUCCCUGAACCGGAAUUCCACCCUCUCCGACCACGGCCUGGAAAGCCCCCGGACCUCCCCCAUCAUCUCCUCCCGGCUUUUCCAGCACCAUCGGCGCCAGGGCUCCGACAGCCCCUUCCCAUCCGUGGCAGAGCAGGAGCGGCCGGGAAGGCCCCUGAUCAUCGGCCCGGAGGAGGAUUGUGAUCCGGGGUAUUUCAACAACGAGUGCGACUCCCUCUUCCAGGACCUGGGAAAGCUGAAAUCCCGGCCGGCUCACCUGGGGGUCUUCCUGCGCUACAUCUUCUCCCAGGCUGAUCCCAGCCCCCUGCUCUUCUACCUGUGCACGGAGGUUUUCCAGCAGAGCACAGCCAAGGAUUCCCGAGCUUUGGGGAAGGAGAUCUGGAAUAUUUUCCUGGACAGGAGCGCGCCUCUCCGGGUGAAGGUGUCGGAGCAGCUCCUGGCAGAGAUUGAGAGUCGCCUGCGCAAUGGGGACGACGCCCGGGCCGCCCUGUUUGAGGCCCAGGAGAUGGUGAUGCCCGAGAUCCAGGAGCAGAUCCAGGAUUACAGGACGAAGCGGACGAUGGGCCUGGGGAGCCUCUAUGGGGAGAAUGACCUCCUGGAGCUGGAUGGGGACCCCCAGAAGGAGCGGCAGGUGGCCGAGAAGCAGCUGGCCCAGCUCGGGGAUAUCCUGUCGAAGUAUGAAGAGGACAGGAGCUCCCCUAUGGCCUUUGCCCUCAGCACCUACAUGAACCACACCGGGAUCCGGGUCCGGGACCCGCGGCCUCCCGGUGCCUCCGAGAAGAUCCCGUCCCUCCCCGACCGGGACAAGUGGCUGCCCUUCUUCCCCAAGGCCAAGAAGAGCAGCAGCUCCAAGAAGGACAAGGAUUCCCUGGAAGACAAGAAGCGCAACCCCAUCCUCAAAUACAUCGGGAAACCCAAAAUCUCCUCCCAGAGCAGUGAGUGUCCCGGGCCCUUCCCGAGCCCUCG